CUCCCCCCUCCGCUGGCGCCGGCCGGGCGGUCGCCCUGACAACGCAGACGCCAGCCGGCACAAUGACUUCCAGCUGGAGCGGCCAAGCCUGCCUGAGCGCUCUCUCGCUCGCGCUGAGUUUAAGAUGUCGGGGUUUGCAACCCUUUGAAGGCAGAGAAAGACUCUUUCCUAAACUUUAAAUCUUCUGGCUCAUCUGAAUAGAUGCACAUGACACUUUCUCAGCUCUGCUUCCUUGAAAACCAAGAUGAGCCACACUCACGCUGAGAAGUACGUGAUGACCAUGAUCGAUCUGUUCCACAAAUACAGCAAACCUGAUGACAUGAUUGACCAGCCGGGCCUGCUGAUGUUGCUGAAGGAGAAUUUCCCUAACUUCGUCAAGGGCUGUGACAGACAGGGCAACAAUUACUUGUCCCAUGUCUUUGAGGAAAAGGAUCAGAACGAGGAUAAGAUGAUCCAGUUUUCGGAGUUUCUGUGCUUGUUGGGGGACAUAGCCAUGGACUACCAUAGGCAGAGCCACGGAGCCCCGCCCUGUUCUGGGGGAAGAGAGUGAGCGCGCCCAGCCCCAGGCUGCCAGAAACCACAAGAAAUAAAGGGUCCCUUUUGCCCAGAAAAAAAAAAGAAAAAGAAAAAAGGAAGAAAUAAAGAAACCUUACAAUCAUUUGAAACAAAGCCAAGUAUUACUUUUAAAAAGCUACCUGCUUUCAAUUAAGCAGGAAAUUAUCUAAGAAGCCACUUAAUUUGCUUUGGUCUGUAGUCCCACAACUGCUUUAUGCUGAGUGGAGCAUGAAAUUAAAUAUGUAACAACUAUUCUAAUGGUAAUGUUUCAGAAUGCUAGCGUUGGAGAAUCUUCGGUAUUCUGAGGGGUAACAUAAAAAAACAUACAAAUCAAAGACUGGCUGCAUUUGGGUUUGAGAAAAACAUAAACUAUUAUUAAUGUCCUCCAUGUAUUUGUAUACAUAGUUAUAUACGUUAUAUAUUUUUUAAAACUGUUAAGUUUAAAAAUGAUUUUCUAUUAUACAUACAGGAAGGGUAGUCAUACAUGUAUAGAGAAAUCUCUCUGACAAUAAAAUGCCCCCCCACCCCCACCCAUG